CGGCGAGAGAUGAGAUGUGCUCACAGGGAGGGCGGGGCGGCGAUGGGGCACCGCCGCCGCCGUCAGUAGAUGACCACCUCGAGGGCGCCGAGGCUGGGCCUGUCGGGGCGUCGAGGACCCCACCUUCGACGUCCAGCCUGACCUCAUGGCCUGCGUCCGGUGCUGCUGUGUCGACGCCAUGAGGUCACCCCGCCCGACAUGCCGCACGCCCGGCUGCGGCUGCUCGUCAUAUCCGCGCGCCCGGCAACCCCUCGCCGUGUUCCUCGGCGUCUCGUACACGGUCACGCGUCACGACCUCGCCCACAUUGCUCGUCACGCAAGGCGUGCUAAUCGCCAUCGGCGGGGGGCAGUGCGGUAUGGGGUAUAAGUAGCGCGCAUGGUGUGGGUUACCGCGGCAGCUCGUCAACCACCCUCACCCACCCACACAAUGGUCUUCGCUCUCGUCGCUUCCUUCCGCGCGGUGGACGCCGCCGCUGCUGAGCGUAUCGUGGACCUCCUCGGCAAGGUCCGCAACUUUGCCCUCUCGGCCGACGAGCCCGGUACGCUCGUGUACAACCCCGCGCGCAAGGCCGCCGACAGCCUCGACUUUGUCGUGUACGAGGAGUAUGUCGACCAGGCGGCGCUUGGAGCCCACGUCACGUCCACCCAGUUCAAGACGCUCGAGGGCGAGGCGGACAAGCUGUUCGUCGGCGGCAAGGAGGGCCUCAAGAUCGAGUACGUGAACCGGUUCUAGGCGGCCAUGGGUGUCGGCCUGU